GUCACAAAAUUCAAUACAAGCAGUUCAAACUCGUCAAAAAGUUAUUGGGUAAGUAUCGUACAUUCUCCCUCAAGGAGGCGUUUCACUACAAUCAUCAUCAUCCAUGCACUUCUCCUUCAACAGUUAAGCACAACAAUUCAGAUUUGUUCUAAAAACUUAUUUCUUAAAUCAUUUUUUCCGAAAAUAAAGGAAGCAAAUUCUGUAAGGCUAUAACUGAACCUUACUUCACUGUAGCAUUGGUUUCUCUCUCAUUUUCCACCUCUACUAUACUCCACAUGUGGAAGCAUUGUAUGUGUAUAGAGAGAGCAUACAGAGGGAUUUACGAUGCUAAGCUAAUCAGAAGCUAAUGUUGUUGCUCCUUCUGCUCAUGAAAACAAAAUUGCUGUCUUAGAGCAUUUUGUCUAAGGGUCCAAGUGCUGGAAACACAAAUGAGACAGAAUCUAUUAUUUAUUACAAAAAAACUUGUUACGUUAUGUAAAAAUAUGUUUAAUUUUACACUUCCUUUAAGUUAUGCUUGUAUUGUUGGAACACCAUGGCCUUUGCGUUCCCCCACAGGUAAAAGUCAAUCUGGGAAUCUUGGAGGCCACUCCACAGGGCCACAGCGAUCAAUCCAAGGACCUGGAAACUGUUGCUCCGGCCAUCCACAACGUAUGGAGCCUUUGGGGACACCAGGUCAUUAAUUUGAACUCUCGUCUCUGAAGAGAAGAUGAAAAGAAGUUGCUCGAGCGUUAUUGUGUACCAUGGUUUGUUUUUCUGCAGAACCUGGCUCAGUUUGCUCUUCAUAUUUCUGAUAGACAAAGUGUCGGGGCAGAUCACCACAGUUGAAGCUGUUCUAGGAGACUCUGUGAUCUUAUCGUGUUCAGCCAGUCGCUAUGAAAAGGACGUGCUCUGGCGUCACGAUAACACCAAGACAGUGUACGACAUCCUCGACGGUAAAGAGAAUUUUCAUGACCAGGAUUCAGCGUACGGCGGCAGAGUCAAAGGUUUUCAAUCGGAGUUCACAAAAGGGAAUUACUCCAUCAGAUUAAGUGAUGUGAAACACACUGAUGCAGGAAUUUACAGCUGCCACAUCCCUGGCUCCAGGACUCUCCAAGUAGAUCUGAAGGUUCAAGCAGAGUCUUCAGACAGAGCUCCACAGCCCACAAUUGCAGAAACGAGCCGAGGAGCGAGAAGACGGUGUGACACUCGUUUGCUUUUCUCUGCAGCUCUGUUGGGACUGAGUGUAUGGUUUUUGUUUGAGCAUUUGAGUUUUGUUAAUUUGGUAGAAGACCUACACCUUUCUUUCUGAUAAAUGUUUAUAAUGUACAUAGAGAUGUACAUUAUAAACACAUCGAAAAACUCUAUGGGCGCUGUGUGAGACGGCUGCCUCUCCAGUAGCUCUGUAGUUUUUAGCACUUUAAGCCUCUUUUUUCCACCUUUUUUUACUUUACGUCUUCGUAAGAAGAGCAGAAGUGUGUUUUACUUGUUUUCUCGCUUUUAGUCGCUUUUUCUCACUUUUUAGUUUUCUCACUUAUUUGAGAGAGGAACUGCUGGUCCUGAAAACAAUGGGACGAGCCGGCAUACGACACCCCAUCCUGGCGGAGCUGAGGAGGAAACCCAGGGGCUGCAAAGCCGGGGCUAAGCUAAAGGCUAGGCUAGCGGACAACCGGCGGCGCUAAAAACCAUCCAUUCCCUCCGUUAUCAUGGGGAAUGUGAACUCGCUGCUGAAUAAAGUCGACGAGCUUUCCGCUCUGAACAACCAGCGGAUUUACCGGGAGAGCAGCUUAUUUAUCUUUACGGAGACAUGGCUAACACACCUUGUACCGGAUGCUAGCGUGGACCUGCAGGGAUUCACUGCUCUGAGAGCCGACAGAGACGCUAAAGCAUGCAGGAAAGGCAAAGGUGGGGGACUCAUCAUUUAUGUUAACAACCGCUGGUGUAACCCGGGACGUAUCUCCGUAAAGACAGUUUUAUGUUGCCUGGACUUGGAGCUGCUAGUCGUUAGCCUGCAGCCAUAUUAUCUGCCGAGGGAGUUCAGUCACGUGAUCACCAUCUGCGUUUACAUCCGUCCAAGGGCAGACGCUGUGCGCUGUGCUCCCAACCCCUAAAAAUUGGGCGCACCAGCAAAAAUCUAGGCGCGCCACUAUAAAAGGUUGGGAGCACAAGCAAACGUCUUUGCCAUACCAAGUAUUACUCCUAUUAAUCAGUGUUAACAACCUUCCAUUAAGUAUUUGUAUAGAUUAUAAAAGAAAGCCCACACUGAUAGGUGCAAAAGAAUUGGCGAUGUGUGGUAUUUUAGGUGGUUCUUGGGGAAGAAGGACAAAUCACACCAUUUGUUACAACCAACUGCUUUAUUCCAGACUUGAACCGGCAGUCAUGUCCAGGCAUAACACUGAUGAUGUCAAGUCAAAUACACAGCCAGGCAUACUGACCUGACAGAACAUCCUACAAGGUGGUACACAGGCAUACUGACCUGACAGAACAUCCUAUAGUACGGGUGGGAGUAUCGAUUUGAGUAUAGAGACCAAGGUGAGUAUCGGAAUCGGAUCGAUACUUUCGUCGCAGUUACUCUUCAAGACGUCCAGUAAAUUACACGAAUUUACUCAGAGCUCAUGUGAGCAUAGUUUCUCUCCAAGUCUGUCUGUGUAAACGGUGCACCCCUCUCUCUCUCUCUCUCUCUCUCUGCUGCGCACACCUUGCCUCCCCCCGCUUUGCCGGAGAGCUAGAGCAUGGACAGAGUUCUCAGAAAAGGGAAGAAUGUAAACAUGUUACUGUUCCUGAACAAAAACCUUUUAAUCUGUUACCAACAUGGGAACAGAUCCAAAAGGGCACCUCAAGGGAUCCUUCCUUGGAGGGCCUUGUGAGCAACGAGACGAAGGUUAUGAGCCACUUGUUGUUUACACCUGAUUUGCACUAUUUACUUUAUUUUGUGCAUAUAUUUGCAUGCAAUGGAAGGUUUUUUUUUUUUUUGGCGACAUAGUCGAGGGAAAAAAUCACCCAAAAUUUCCCAUUCAUUUCUAUGGAAUUAAUUGAAAAACAACGCACUUUUUCACAAUGUUUUUCAAACCUCCGCUGCUCUGGCAUGCUUUCACCUAGAGACAUGAUUCAAACUUUAAAACGUAGAGAAACUUCUCCUCUGUGGAUCCUUCCCAAAGGGAUCAAUAAAGCUUUAUCUAAUCAAUUAAUGCUGUAUUUUUCUAAAGAUUAAAUAUUUUGUCCUGAUUGAUGUGAUUCAAAACAGAUUGGGACCAUUUAAUUUUUUACACGUGUACAAUCCUGUAUGUGUACAAAGCCAAGAACACCUGCACUUUUCUUUAUGAAAAUUUUUUUGUACUGUACAUUACUGAAUGCUGCAUUUUUUUUCUAAAGAUUAAAUCUUUAACCCUGAAUGUUGACUGAUUUUUAAAACAUAAGAAUUAAUUAUUUUUUUACAUGUGUAAAUAAAUGUGAUUGAGAGAGAAACUUUCGGCACCCUUCUACAUGACGGACUGUGUUUUAUACAUUUUACACCAAGUAGACAGAGUUUUCCACAUUAUACACAUACGUACCCAUGGGACACAAUAAUGCUCGAGCAACUUCUUUUCAUCUUCUCUUCAGAGGCAGGGGUUCAAAUGAAUGACCUGUUGAGGGGAAAAAAUAAAAACAUCAAUAAAACAUGCAUUUAAAAAAAAAAACCCUCGAUACUGUCAGUUUUGUUUGGAGUCUGACCUGCUGAUGCCCGUUCUGCUUUUCUUGGUUUAAUAAUACUAACAGACUACAUUUUUAUAAUCGUGCUUUAAUAGACUCAUGUUCCUGCGAUUAAAAUAAAGACAUUGUCAAAUAA